AUGAAUUACUGGAAAGCUGUUCUUCAUCGAGUUGUUGAAGUAAUUAAUAUUCUCGGUGCAAAAGCUUUAUCAUUCAGAGAAAAGUAUGGUAAUAGAGGGAAAGGAAAUCCGUCUUAUUUAUCAUCUACAAUCUAUGAAGAACUUUUACUUUUGAUGAAGAAUGAUAUAAUUAAAAUUAUAUUAAAAGAAUUAAAAGCAGCCAAGUAUUAUUCUUUAAUUGUUGAUUCUACACCUGAUAUAGCAAACGUCGAUCAACUUGUUAUUGCAUUAAGAUAUGUUUUACCUUGUGGUGUACCUGCAGAAAGAUUUUUAAUAUUCAUUCCAAACAGUGGUCAUAAAUCUGAAGAAAUGAGCAAUGUUGUGAUCGAUUUUCUUAAUUCACACAAUAUAACAAUUGAAAAUUAUCGUGGCCAGAGCUACGACAAUGCGAGGAAUAUGUCAGGUCAGUAUUCUGGAUUGCAAUCAAGAAUUAAAAGGUUUAAUUUAUUUGCAGAGUAUUGGUCGGAACUAACUCGCUGGAGUGCUCGUUUUGAUGCUUGCCAUGCUUUAUUUAAUUCUUUUGCAUUUAUAAUUGAAGCUUUGCAUAGUAUAGUUAAUAAUCAGAAAGAAAAAGCUGUAUAUAAAGAAGAAGCUAAUGGGUUGCUUGCAAGAUCAAAAACUUUAGAAACUGUUUUAAUGCAACAAAACAUUGAUCUUCAUACAGUAUUAGACCUAUAUAAUGGCCUUGAAAAUUACUUGGCUAUGACUGAUGAAUCAAGAUCUCAACCUCUCACAGAAAUCACAGGGAAAAUAGAUUUUAUUAGAAAUGUAUAUUAUGUGAUCAUUGAUACUCUUAAAUGUCAACUUAGUUCGAGAAGACAAACUUAUGAAAAAAUAUCAGAUAUUUAUGGGUGUAUGCCCAAAUUGUAUAAAACACCGAGUUCUAUUGUUGUAAGAAACACAUGUGAAAUUUUGCCAAAAUAUUUUAUUGAUGAUUUUGAAAACUCAAGCUUACUUAUAAAUGAGUGUAUUCUUUUUUCAAAAUUAAUUUCCACGGAUAAAAAUGUAAAAUCUGUUCUCUCUAUGUAUAAGUACAUCAAGACCAAAGAAUUAGAGUGUAUGUUUCCAAAUUUAGAAAUAGUUAUGCGUAUGUACCUUAGUACAGCAGUUUCAAAAUGCUUAGGCGAAUGA